AUGGUUGUUCGGGCGCAUGGUACCCAAUUUGUUCGCUUGGACACGAGUGAUAUCUCGACUACACCUGAAGCAGCCAUCGAGUGCAUCGAGCGUGACGGCGGAGUGAUCAUUCAAAAUCUCAUCUCGCGUGACUUGGCCCAACAGAUCAAAGCAGAUCUCAAACCGUACUUUGACAAGGAUGUUCCUGAUAAAUAUGGAUUCUUCCCCGAGACCACCCAGCGUGCAUCGGGCCUGCUAGGCAUCUCUGACGCCUGCGUGGAGCUUGCAUGCAAUCCCUUCUACAUCAGCGUGGCCAAUGCGCUGGUCUCAUCCACUUUCGCUUUCUGGAGAGAUGACCGUCAAGUCACGGUGAGUGGGAAGCCGAUCAUCUCGUCGACCGUGGGUUUCAGAGUCAACCCAGGUGGGAGGCAGCAGGUAUUGCAUCGGGAUGAUAAUGACUACCACCCGACCGACAAGGAGAUGCCGGUGAUGAUAGGAUGCGUGACGGCAUUGACAAAGACCACGAAAGAGAAUGGCGCCACAAUCGCCAUUCCGGGCUCCCAUCUAUGGGGCCCAGACCGGCGCCCGUUGAACGAAGAAGCAAUUCCAGCGGAACUUGAGCCUGGCGACGCUUUCAUCUUUCUGGGGAAUCUGUACCAUGCCGGCGGGUCGAACAUCACACGGAAUGAGUAUCGUGAGACUGUUGGGAUCUUCCUGUGCAAGCCCACACUGCGCCCUGCCGAGAAUCAAUUUUUGAUGGUGCCGCUCGAGCGGGCCAGACAACUCAAGCCACAAGCUCAGAGAUUGCUUGGUUAUGGGGUAUGCGAUCCAGGUGUUGGGUUCAUGAAUUAUCAAGACCCGAUGAGGGUGUUGUUCGGUGUUGAAGACGAGGAAACUGUGAACAUGUGA